AUGUUACUUCAACAAAUUUGCCCAGGAAAAUCUAAUGGUCAUAUUCAAAGUUUUUAUACUGCACUUUGGGAUAAUACUCGUUAUAUUAUAUAUGGGGCCGCAAAUAAAAUUGUAAUACACAAUGGGGAUUUUAUUCAUCUACAAACAAUUGAUGUUAGUAAUAAUCUGAAAAGUAAUGAUGACCAGCAAAAUGAUGAAAUUAUUUCUGUAGGAAUGUCAGAAGAUAAUGGAAAGAUUGCAGUUACAUUUGGCACUAAAGUUGUUUUAUUUGAACCUUCUUUGUAUGAUAUGUCAGCCAGAUGGAAUUUAUCAAAAGUAUUGCUUCAUGACUGUUCUAUCUAUUGUACAUCUUGGGGCAAUAAUAAUGGCCAGCUUUUGGUUGGUGGUGAUAAAUUUAUAAUUUGGCAAUCACAAAACUCUAAUAAUCAAAACAUUUCAACUUUUUGGGAAAAAAUUUGGGAACAAGAACUUGGUUCAAAAAUAAUUCAUAUGCAAAUUUCACCAGAUAAUAAACUUAUUGCUACUAUCGGGAAGCAUGAUAGAUUGGUAAAAGUCUGGUGGCUUUAUAAAUCUGUUGAAACUAAAACUUUGAAAUCUAAUUUCAAUGAUGGUUUUGAUCGUUAUACUCCUAUACAUUGGAUACACCCUAAAGAAUUCUUACUUUCUAUACAAAUAGCUCUUGAUUCUUUAGAAGGUGAAUUGGAUGAUUCAGUAAUUGGUGCUCGUUUAAAAAAAUUUCAAAAACUUGCUCUUGAUACUCCUGAUCUAUUCUAUCAGAUUCAACAUGAUGGUACAAUGAUUAUUUGGGGUAUACGGAACCUUUAUUGUAGACCACGUCGUAUUCCAAAAGUAUUUGUUUUGCUUCGUAUAAACCCAGGAGUCCCAUUAUCUGAUGUUGAAUAUUUUUUUGGAAGUACUGCUAUUUAUCAUGAAAAAGCAAAUAAUAUUUCUUUUCAAUGUUUAGUAGAACUCACAAUAGUAGCUCAAAAUAAUCAAGGUCGCAUUAACUGCUAUGCAAUUAGACUUGUUGAUUUAUUUGAUUUAAAACAAAAUUCUUCACCAUUGAAUCUUAAAAAUUCGUGGACUGGCCAUCACAGUGACAUCACAACAAUUAUCAAAGCUCCUAGGACUGAUAGUUUUGUAUCACUGGCAAAAGAUGACGAAAUCAUUUUAUGGGAUAUAAAUAAUACCGAAAAAAACUCUCAAUUCAUAGUUGAAAAAUCGCCUUUUUCAAUUGAUUCUAAAAUAAAACUUGUUUGUGUUUUACCAGAAUAUGAUCCUUCCUUUGAAUUAAUGUCUUUAUUUUCUUUUGAACUCACCACUUCUUCAACCACCACCACUUCAACCACACCACAAGAAACAACAAAAGAUUUAUCAAAAACUUAUAUUGCUGGAGUUAGCUCUCAUCAAAAUAUAGUUUUUUGUUGGAACAUCAUACAAAAUUCACAAGACACUCUUCCUCCAACAACAGCAGCAGCAACAAUUCAAUCCAAAUUUAUCUCAAAAUCAAAACUUCCAAUCACAAAUAAGAUAAUUGGUGCUGUAGCUGUUGAACAAUGGACUGGUAUACAUUCAAGAUUGUAUAGAGUAACAAGAGGUCUAAGUCCUCCUGUAAUUUUAACUUUUACUGAUGAUGGUUAUAUUAGAUAUUGGCAAUUUAUUGAUAUUGAUUGGUUAUACACCUCAAAUGCAGAAUUGGUACUUGCUAUUGCAACUUCUCAAAAAAUAUCUAUUUAUACUCGUAAACAUUAUACAAAUAUACAAGCAUCAUGGACUUUGAUUUCAGAAAUUGAUAUGAAUAAUCAAGGCUCACUUAUUGUUGCUAAUGGUAAUCAAUUACGUUGUUACAAUAAAUGGUUAAGUAGAGAGGACCUUAAGAAAGUGUUAAAUAUAACUGGUGUUAACAAAUAUCCAACUUUGUUUCAUGUUGUCGACUAUUUAAAUGGACCAUUACCUCAUCAUCAUCCAACAUUAUUGAUACAACAUAUUUUAUGGGGUAGAAUGGAACUUGUUAAACAGAUACUUGCACAUCUUUAUAAAUAUAUGAAGUUAUUGUUAAGUUACGAUAAACCAAUUACAACAAUUCUUCCCAUGCCUUUUGAUAAAUUAUUUGGAGAAGACAAAACGACAUCAACUAUUAAGACACGUCGUUACAGCCUUUUAUUUGAUGAAGAUAGUGAUGAUGACGGAUCUCAAGAAUCCACGCUUGAGUUUACCCAAGAAGUAGCUGAAUUCUUAAGUGAAAAAUUAAAAUCGAUUUCACUCCCAGAUUUAUCACACGUCGAACAAGCACAAUUACUUGCUUUAGUUGAUACUAUAAUACAAGUUGAAAGUCAAAAAAGAAGUUUAGACGAAAACGGUGUUAGAUAUGUAUUAUUUAUGCGUCGAUAUCAUUAUUUACAUCGUUCUAAAUUAACAUCUGCUAUAAGCUCAUCAGAAUUAAGUUUUCGAGAUAUGGCUUGGGCAUUACAUAGUGAAUCUCAGGAUUUAUUGAUUGAAUAUAGUACAAUGGCUUCUGGUGGUAAAUUCUUUUGGAAGGAUGCCAGAGUUCAUGGAAUUUUUUUAUGGAUUCGUAAUAUUGAUACAAUUCGUCAACAAAUGGAAAUAAUAGCACGUAAUCAUUAUAUGGCAAAAGAAGAAAGAGACCCUACAGAUUGUUCAUUAUUUUAUAUGGCUUUAAAAAAAAAAAAAUUAUUAUUGGGAUUAUGGAGAACUGCCAAUCAUCAUAAGGAACAAGCUGUGAUGUUGAAAUUUCUUGCAAAUAAUUUUGAUGAAUCAAAAUGGAAAACUGCUGCUUUAAAAAACGCUUAUUUAAAAGAUGCUGUAAAUGUUUGUUUGAAAUAUUUAGAUGAUUUUCAUUUAGCUAUUGCUAUUUGUCGUGUUUAUGAAGGUGAUAGUGGACCUGUACUCACAAGUGUUUUUAAGGAACAUAUUAUUCCACUUGCUGUUAAAACUGGUGAUAGAUGGUUGGCUAGUUUAUCUUUUUGGUUUCUAAACCAACGAGAUAAAGCUGUAAAAGCUAUAAUGUUACCUCUAGAAACUUUAUGUGACGCAGAUCAAACAGUGCCAGAAUCGCAAAUUUCUACAUCAAAUUCACCUGAUGCAGCACUUAUAGUUCUAUACAAACAAUUAAAAGAAAAAUCUGUACAGACACUUAGAGGAGCAGCAGAAAUCUCGGCAGAAACCGAGUUUUUCUUUGUGUUAAGAACUAUUUUUGCCUAUGAUAGGAUCGGGUGUCCAUUAUUAGCACUUCAUCUUGUUAAGUCAUGGACUUUCCCACCAGAAGAAGUAUCACUUUCAAAAAAUCCAAAUCAUAUCUUGAGAUCUAGACGUAGAACCACCAUUCUCGAUAUACCAUUACCAAACGAUGAUCCUAUUUCAAGCGGUGUAGUAAGUAUUGAUACUUGGAGUUGGGAUCCACCAAUUACACCUACUUCUCCUGAAGCCAGUAAAUCGAUUACAGAUAAAGCUAUUGAUGCAUUUUCAGAUGAGCCGCAGCAUAUACGACAUCAAAGAGUUGGCUCAUUCUCAAGAAAAACAUCAUUAGAUUUUAAUAACAAUUCAUUAAAUAAUGAAGAUGACGAUAAUAAUAUUUGGAGUUGGAAUAGCCCUAAAUCAUUUCAAAAUUAUGUUAAAAGAUUGGCUCAGCAACUUUUAAAUGCCGUGGAAAUAAUUUCAAAGGAUCCAGAACUUUUUAAUAAUAGUUCUUAUUAUAGUGAUUAUAUUAAUAAACUUGAACAAGGACUAAGUUCAAUUUGUAAAUCUGUAAAAAUAAUCUAUAUCAUCAUUAACCUUAAAUCUCUAUUCCUUUCUUUUACAAGAUGUCUUGAAACAGAUGCUUAUGAUUUAUUAGAACAUUUUAAAUCGUAUAAAGAGGAUAAUAAAUCUAAAAAGAGUUCAAGUGCUUACUCAUAA